ACAUGCAAUCUGAUAUCAUUAAGGACGAGUUUUGUAAUUUACUCAUAAUAAAGUGAAAGAUCUCUUUCAUCAUCGUCCUCUCCCGCGCAAGCUAGGGUUUUAGCGUACCAUCUCUGAUCUGCACAGAUCACCAACAAUCCUCGUAAAUUUUAGAUUAUAGUCAUACACACGGAUAUUAUACGCCAUCAUGCCUCGGUAUUAUUGUGAUUACUGCGAUACUUACUUGACGCAUGAUUCUCCUUCUGUAAGGAAGCAGCACAAUGCAGGAUAUAAACACAAGGCAAAUGUUCGAAUCUACUAUCAACAAUACGAGGCACAACAAAAUCAAUAUCUGAUUGACCAGAAAGUCAAAGAGCAUCUUGGACAAGCUGCUGCAUAUCAGCAAGUUGGUGCUGCUUACAACCAACUCAGACCUCGUCUUCCUGUUCUACCUACUCCAAUGAUGCCGAUUCCUGGGAAUCCAAUGAUGCAAAUGCCCGGAAUGCGGCCACUCGCCCCGUUGCCAAGACCUAUUACCGGAUAUCCCGGCAUGCCUCCAAUGUUGGCACCACCUGGCGCUCCUUCCAUGCCCGGUCAGGUCAACCCAUCCAUGCCUGGUCAGGUCAACCCAUCCUUACCCGGUCAGGUCAACAACGGUGUGCCAAGGCCUAUAACCAUUAGCGCCCCAAUGAUGGCGCCAGCCGCUCCAGGGAGCUCAGGAACCCUUACUUCAGGUGCACCACCGCCAAUGUAUACACCAGGCAUGUAUCAAGCCAGCCCCACAGCACCAGCACCGACGUCUGGAGGUUUUGAAAGUCCGAAUGGUAGUGCCCAACCUCAGGAAGCUAACCAUUAAUAUGUGUGAAAACACUGGUUUAUGUUUCUUGGUCUACAACUGGGCUUGUAUGAAAUUUAUCACACACACACUAUCGAUUCUAUUUUUCCCUCCAUAUAUUAGGAUUGAUUUUGUAUGUA